AUGUCUGAUAGUUUUGGCCGUCAUAAAUCCACCCGGUGGGCAAACGCCAGCGUGCCCAGCUAUGGUGAGGAGUGGGAUGGCGAUGAUUACGACUACGAUUAUGGAUCCAACGACGAUAAAUCUCACUCUUCCGAACCUGCUGUGGACGCUCAAGAUCCCUCCCCAAAUUCAGAUCUUGUUCUUUCUAUUGACCAAAUUCAUAGAGAAGAAGACUCUGACUUAGGCUCAGACUCAGACGUGUCUCUUGAGACUCCCAAGCUUUCCCUGACUUCGCUUCCAAGAGGCAGUGAUAGUGAUUUUGACUUUCAUGGAAAACCGUCCGUCGCUCCAAUUGAUACAUCCAGAAAUCCAGAAAAGACAGAAACAGAGAAGAUUGUACACGGCGAGGAUGAUAUUCCCGCGCAACAUGUAGUUUCAACCAGAGCAAUCGAUGACGUGAUGGUGCCUCCGACACCAACGUUUUCAACUCAUAAGGAACCAGACACUCCACGAAGUGAAAGCAGCUUCCAAUCGGACGCCGACUCCAUUCAGUACGAGCCAAAGGAUUUGAAUAUUCGUGGGCCCGAGAAAGAGAUCGAUGUCACCGGCGAUGCAUACGAGAACGAGCACCAGUCACAAUCUAGUACUGAAUCGGCUGCUCAAGAUUCAGCUUUAUCUUCUUCCCAAACUGAAUCUGAACACUUGGUGCUGUCGUCACCGGUAACGGCUGCUCACACAGAACCUCUCGUGCUCACUAUUGAUAGGGAACAAAGCUCUACAGAUUCAGAUACUUCUACAAUCGAAGAUGUUGAUGAGAGGAACACUCACGAUCAAAGAUCGUCGCGUGAUAUUAACGAAGAUGAUGACAAUCCUCUUGAUUCAUUGAUAUAUGAUCUCCAGUCUGCCACCACGAAUGAUAAAGGUCGUCUACCCACAUUGGACUCGCUUCAAGACAUCAAACUCCCCGAUUUCGAAAAUACCUCAUUCGGUCAUUUGAAGGAAUACGAAGUAGAAUCCCCAUCCACUCCAACAGCCCCACUUGACAUGUCCAGAUCACAUCAGGAAUAUGUAAAAGCGCAAACUCCCAGAAAGUCAUCAGUAAGAAAGGCGCCUCGGACUGAGCUAAUGUCCGUUGACUAUUCGAAUAUAGCAGAUGCUGUCAGUGGUUACAUGAGCGAUGGCCGUCCUGAAAGCUUGAGGAAAGAGCUGUUUGUCAAUCCAAUUGUGGAGGACGAUAGCUCUCCAGAGGCAGACGAAGAGCACGACCAAAGUGACCUUGAAUCGCGUGACUUGCAUCCAGUAGUUUCGAGUGGGUCUUUGUCAACUGGAAAGCUUUCCUUAGCCUCUUCCAUCCAGCCAUCCAAGAAUGAGUCCAAAGAAGACGUUUCGCGACGAGUCUCAACCUCUACAAUCAAUAUGGGUGGAUGGAAGCCUAAUACCAACAAUUACAGAGAUCAAUUCAUUAAUGACAUUGAUAAUGAGUCGGUGGUAAAUUUUAAUGCCCAAGGCAAUGAUGGUUACCGUCAGUUUACAAACUUGAGGAACAGUCUGGGAGGCAGUGGAUUUGAUUCUGUAGCAGAGACACAAUCCAAUGCUAGCUCGCUUUCAAUUCCCGAAACCAUCGAUGCAGCCUUACCCAGUAUUCAAGAAGAUGACGACCAUGACUCCAGCUUUGGAAAGAGUACCGAGGAGGCUGCCCCCGAAGAAUCGUCAACCUUUGAAUCACACUCUACUUUUGAUACCGUCUUUAAGCCUCAUGACCAUGUCCAAAACUUUAAGGAACUGCUCACCCCCACAUCAUCCUCCGCAGAAUUGCCUCGUGAAAAGCAAAGGUACUCUAGUUUAUUGGGAGACUCAAGCACGCUUGAUGAUGCAUCUACCAGAAAACCAUCAACCGAAAUUGUCGACUCAGAAUCAGAUGCAACUGUCGCGGCCGUAGGAUCUCCGGUCUCAGAACCUAGCACUGUGAUACGGAAAAAAUCGCUGCAAAAACCACUGUACAAUUGGAACAACAUUAUAUCCAAAUCACAACCUAUUGACCGCAUAGCAUUAUUCAAGGAAGCUUUGAAGAAGGAGAAUGAGUAUGACUCUGGCUUACGAGAAUGGCUACAGGAGGCAUUGAAACAAGUGGAAAACUCGCCAAACAUGCAUAUUGGAAAAAUCGCAUCGCAAGCGUAUCAAAAUGCACCUCACAAUGAAUUGAGACGACACACUUCUCUCAGAAGCAAGGUUUCAAGUGUUAGAGAUAAAGUGGAAACUUCAGGAUUACAGGCGUCUACUUUAGGAAAGAGAUUCUUGAACAGAGGUAAGAAGUUGAUGAAAGGCUAG